AUGGAGGUUCAGGACAGAGCAGAGCUCUGCUUUCCACAUCUCCCCAACAUCUCCUGCAGGAGGCCGCUGUCUUCUGGGUUCGAAGCUGUGAUUCUGAACAUUCUGCUUUUCUCCUUCACUGUGCUCACUAUAGCUCUCAACCUGCUCGUCAUCAUCUCAGUCUCCCACUUCAGGCAGCUCCACACACCCACCAACAUCCUGCUGCUCUCUCUGGCUGUAUCAGACUUUCUUGUGGGCAUUGUGGUGGUUCCAGGAAUAAUUGUCACACAGAUAUCCUGCUGGUUUGUGGGUGAUGUCCUAUGUUCUCUGAGUGCUUAUAUAUGCUUCAUCAUGAUUUCUUCCUCAGUAGGAGACAUGGUGCUCAUAUCAAUUGACCGUUAUGUGGCUAUUUGUGAUCCUCUGCAUUAUACCACCAAAAUCACUGUGAGGAGAGUUAAACUCUGUGUUUGUCUGUGUUGGCUCUUUUCUGCCUUAUUCAGCAUUGUCUUUACAAAAAAUAACCUGACUCAUCCAGGUAAGUAUAAUUCCUGUCAUGGAGAGUGUGUGAUUGUCAUUGACAAUAUUUCAGGGGUUGUUGACCUUGUACUGAGCUUUAUUAUUCCAGUUAGUCUCAUCAUAAUCCUGUAUAUGAGAGUCUUUGUGGUGGCUGUGUCUCAGGCUCGUGCCAUGCGCUCUCAUGUUACAGCUGGGACACUCCAGGUUUCACUGAUAUCAAAGAAAUCUGAGUUGAAAGCAGCCAGGACUCUUGGUAUUAUUGUAGUUGUCUUUCUAGUAUGUUGCUUCCCAUAUUAUUGUGCGUCUCUUGUAGCAGACAAGUUCUCCAAUACUUUAUUUGAAUCUUUUGCGCUCUCUCUGUUGCAUUUUAACUCCUGUCUGAACCCUGUUAUAUAUGCCAUGUUCUACCCCUGGUUUAGAAAAGCUAUUAAACUCAUUGUGACUCUUCAGAUACUGCAGUCUGGCUCCUCUGAUGUCAACAUACUGUAG